AUGGUGGAAUUGAAGUCUAUAUUCAGGAAGGCCUACUGGUCACUUGCAGCUGGUGGGCUGGUCUAUGUUCUAUUCAUAUGCGCCUUGACCUUCCCCGAAGUUCAACGUUUUUUCCUUUACGCCAACAAAGUCAACCCUAGUUAUUGGCAAGACUUGGACCAAGUGGAGCAAUUUGGAUUUUUGAAAACACAGGUGCAGCCAUUCCAUCUGGUCACGCCGGAUAAUGAAACACUCUAUGGCUGGCAUCUGCUGCCUCUACAUCUUUGCCGAGAACAUGAGGAGGAGCUCAUGAAGGAUCCCCCAUCGGGUCCUGCUGAACAUUAUUCACAAACCCUGGCUUUCAAGCUUUUAGCUCAUGAUCCAACUGCUCGAGUUGUCGUCAGCUUUCAUGGCAAUGCUGCUCAUCUUGGCUCGGCUCAGCGCCCAUCUAACUAUAAUGCAUUACUCAGCCUGUCGACCCCAUCAAACCCAGUUCAUGUCUUUGCAAUCGACUAUCGUGGCUUCGGCGUCUCCACUGGCAGCCCUACAGAGGAGGGUGUCAUCACAGAUGGCGUUUCACUCCUCAACUUCCUGACUGCAGAGCCAUUGCAUAUCCCUCCAUCCCGAAUUGUUCUCAUGGGCCAGAGUCUGGGCACGGCGGUCACGGCAGCAGUGGCGGAGCGUUUUGCAUUUGGAUCACCGGAUCCGAACGCCAUUCAACCGGCCAUCAAAAACGCGGAGCCAUUUGCUGGUGUGAUUCUGCUUGCAUCCUUCAGCAAUGUUCCUCAUGUCAUUGAAUCCUAUAGUCUCAAGGGUCUUACUCCUCCCAUGCUAUCGCCGCUAGUCGGAUAUCCUCGAUUCCAGAAAUGGGUCAUGAGCCAUAUUGUGGACUACUGGGAUACCGCAGCCAGAGUGGCUCGUUUGACUGGUGUCACUUCUUCCAUCCCUGAUGCCUCGGGGCUGACAUAUUCGCAAAAGGAUCUUGAUUUAACAAUUGUACACGCCAAAAAUGACGUGGAGAUCCCUUGGUAUGAAGGGCGCCGUGUGUGGGCCGCUGCCAUCGGGGAAAUUCAGGAAGACACCCCUGGAAAACUCAUAUACGAGAACUCCCAGCCUGGUCGCCCUAGUGAAAUCAAAGUCUGGGAAAACCGUAUCACUGGAAGCGACGGAACCACCGUUGUGAAAAAAGUGAGAUGGGAGCGUGUGCAAUAUGGUGGUCACAACCGGGUAGCAUCCUUUUCGGUUGCAGGCCUUGCGGUUUUACGAGCUUUUGAAGAAUAG